AAAUUUUGUUAUGUUAAGCAUGUAUGCGAAUUUGUAACUGUUCUACAUACGUACACACGUAAAGAUAUAAUCGGAACUGUUAUGCUUAUUCUUCGAGUGCUGACUCAACGCGUUCGUCACCAAUGCUUUCGUACGUCCUGAAAAUAUACGCAUGGGUGUAAUGUACUACCAUCACUGGCGAAGCGACUGUGUCAAAGGAACAACGGUAUCCGAGUGGCCACGAGCCGAAACAUUUCCGGUAUAUCUCCCGCGUUUAAAAUCUUCGCGACAACGAUCUUGCGGGACGCAAGUCUCCUCUUAAAUAUAAUUCGACGUCUUUGAUCAGAAGAACCGGAAGGAUGUGGUUAUCGAGAACAUCACUUCUACUCGUAUUAAUCGGGUUGGCGAUCUCCGAGAGGGACAAUGAGAACGAUGCGUCCAACGUCUUCAUCGAGGAGGCCAAAAACCUAUUCAGUCAGAAGACGAUCGAAAACAUGGCCCAUGCCUUUGCGGAUUCCGGCAAGCAAGUCGGCGACAUGUUGGAGAAAAGAUCCGCAACGGAUGGUGUAGGCCAAAUCAUCUCUGGGAUCAGCAGUUUAAUGUCGGGUGGCCAGAAUAAUCAGGGAUUUGAAAUGGUUGGUACGAUCUUGAGUGCCUUGACCGCGAAUGACAAUGUCGGUAGGAGAUCGGCGAGAGACACGGAGGACGACGAGGGGAAUGGCAUAGACUGGGGCAACAUAAUCAGCAUGGGCAGCAUGUUUCUCCAACAAAAAACCAACAACGACAUGCUAAUGGGUCUCGUACCAAUGGUUCUAGAUGCUCUAGGUCAUGGAAAUAACGACGGCCACGUCAGAAAUAGCGAUCACUCGGCUCACUCCUGGUUCCUGCCGCCCAUAUUGGAGAACAUUCACGUCAUGUGGGAGCAUUUCAGUAAUUCGGAACUCGGGCAAAUAUUAUGGAAGAAUAGCGGUCUAUCGAAAAUAAUUGUUCAAAUGUCGGACGAGAAAGGUAACAUUUUGUGGGAAAAGAUUCUAAACAGUUUUGAGAAUCCUACUAUACGUCGAAGAUGGAUCAAUUCGCUCACGACUUUUGUGGCCGACUGGAUCUCUCAUGUUUCCGAACCAAAGAAUCAACAACGUUAUCUUAUGGCUAUGCAAUAUGUCGGCAAUAGUUUCCUCAAGUCUCAGGGAUUCCCGAAAACGAUGAUGUUUGACUCCACGAGACCAACGGAGAGCCUUACCAGACUGGCAAACGCGGUGGCGAAGAAAUACUUAAACAUGAAUAUUGACAGUCAUCAGUAUAUAAAACCAGCGAUAGCGUACUUCCAAGAAUUAGUAAACUUGGCCUCCGAAAAAGGAUUUAUCAUGUCCAGAGUGAAUGCACGAGAGCUAAGCAACAGAUUAAGCGAAAUCAUCAACAACGAUAUCAUUGCUCCCAGUCUCAAGGCGUAUCGAGCAUAUAAAUGGGCGACAAAAGUGCCGCAUUGUGCUAGUCAAAUCUUGUGUACUAUAAACGAGAAGAGUCAGCAGGACGACAAGGAAUCACGCCUACGUAGUGGCCUGCUGAUGACAGCGAGUUUCCCUGCUGCUUGGGCAGUCAGUAACAAGUUAGGAAUCAAUUUCUGGUCACUCUACGGAGUCAUCAUGGAGCGCGAGGGAUGCAUUAGUAAAUACCCAGCGGAUUGCACUGUUUUCCACGAAGAAGAGAUCAGAGCGACUACCGAAAAUAUUCAUAACGAGCUUUGAGCUUAACUCGCUAAUAGCCUGUGAAAGAUAUUGGCUAUUAAGUCACCUCUAGACUAGAAAGACGUGCCGCGAAGCCGUGUGUGUUCUCUACCAUCCACACUCUUUAACGUAUUUAUUGCACAAAAAAAUUGCGCUCAAUAAUAUUAGGCUGGCGCUAGAUUGCGACAAUUGAUUCAAUAGAAAUAAUUAAACUGUCAAGGACUAUUUCUUCUUUAUAUGUACAUAUAAGCAAAAACGCUAUAUAAAACGUCAAUCUUAAAUACUAAAUUUUAAUAAAACAUAACUCUAAGCGACACAGACAUUAAAAGACGUUAUGAAGAUGUAUAGAAAACAUCCUUAUUUUAUGGAUAUCUAAUAUGAUGGAUGUUUUUAAGAUAUUUUCGUAUUAUUUGAAUAAGUUUAUGUUCUGCAAAGCAAGAUUCUGCGAAAGCAUGUAUAUGCAUAGUAUAUGCAAAACGUCGAUAAUUAAUCAGACAAUUUAAGAAAUAAAUACUACAUGUGUAGUUAAGAAUAUUUAAGAAGAUCCAUCAAGUUUUAUGUAUGUAUAUAUACUUUUUGUGUAUCAUUGGAAUUCAAAAUUAAUUAUUAAUAAUAUAUCACAUUUUGUGACAUAGAAUUGCAAGUAAAUCUUAUGAUCUUAUGCUGCGUUAUAUUUAUAUGAACAGAUAGAUUUUAAUCAUCUCUAAUUAAAAGCCAUUGAGUUGACAACAUUAUUCGUUUUUCUCUUAAUUGCUUAUGUAGUAUUUGUUACUUAAGAUAAAGGAAAGUGCACUCGCAUGGACCUCCUCAUACGUAUUACGCUUUAGCGCGUCUCUUUCGCGAGUGCAAUAAUAUGUGGUGCUCAAAAGUCUCUACCCUAUUUAUAGGCAUAAAUGUCAUGUUAAUAAUUGUAUCCACGAAUACACAUAUCGCGUCUUUCCUCCUGUUUCAUCUCUUUAUUAUUCUUUACUAUAGAUAAAUCUAUAAAAAUUCUAAUAUAUAAUUAAAACAGCAAGAAGGCACAUUUCCCUUUGCAAUACGCUCGCUGUUAUGGACGGCGACUCUUCCUUUUAUGUGAAAAAUAGAACCUCUCGAGUCCGGCUGAUGACGAGCGGCUCGUUCCAACGUGGAACGGAAGUCCUACGACUGGAUACAUACGACAACAAGUUCGUAAGAACUCAAGCUGCGGUAUUCGGACGUUCGUAGCGAAUCCACAAACAACAGUGUUCUCAGUAAUAUUUUUUGUAAAUAGUAGCUAAAAGAUAAAAAUAAAGAUCAUGUGUGUGAAAUGUAAAAUGGA